AUGGCACCGUGGCUUCCGCUUCUCCUCCUGAGCCUCCUCAGUGUUUCAAGUGUGGCAGCAGAGGAUGCUGCAGCCUUGGCUGCAGAUGACGAGUGCUCGGAUGAUUCCUCCUGUUCGCUAAGUGCCCUACAGGUCCAGACCAAAAGAACAGACAGCUUCGAAGAGCCAGAACGAUGCGAGAACAGCAGCUCCUGUGUGGACAAUCGCACAUGCGUAUUCAAGGAGGAUCGAAGUUGGAGUCAGUGCGUUCCCUUGGACUACGACACCUUUCAGAAGGAGUGCAAGUACUGGGACAGAAGACUACGUGAUGCUGCCAUCAAGGAGAUUGGCAUGAAUUGCUCAACGGUCCAAUGCGAGUAUGAUCAGGAUUGUCCGAUGUCCACCGUCUGUGUGUCGAAGCCAGACGACAGUUGGGCACAAUGUGUCCCCCUCACGAAGAAGGAAUUCCAAGAGUCUUGCGUGAAAUGGGAGGACGACUUCCGGCUGGCAGCGAUCGGAGCUACCGGCUUCAACUGCCCCAACUCCCGAUGCUACUCUCAGGAUUGGUGUGUGAGGGGAGCCCGGUGUGCUCUUCAGACGGAUGGGACUUGGGGCCAAUGCAUCUCGUGCCACGAUGACAGCUUCCAAACGAACUGCUACUCGUGGAAGGCCACCUUCAUUUCUGCCGCCGAGAAGGCCUGCCACCGAAAGUGCAGGUACGAUCUGGAGCCGGGCAGUGAGGGUGAAGACUAG